AUGGUCCCCGGUCCGUAUACCCGUUACGCUCAAUAUGCGCGGAAUGUUGCGCAACUCGGAUUCGUCUCAACUUCAUUUUUCUGUUUUCUCAUUAUAAUUCUAACCACAUUCUUCUUGAAACGAAAGUUCGGGAGCUACAAAUAUCUGUUGAUAGUGUUCCCAGCGUGUGGAAUUGUUUUCGCGUCUAUUGAGUUUCUUAUCUACCCGGAUGUCUACUUUCAUAACACUGGCUACGUCUUCUACAGUACCAGCCAUCCAUUUUACUUGGACAGAGACUCCGUAACAUGCUUAAUUUCCUUCUAUACCGGAGUUUACGCCUGCACAACUUCUCUAUUAUCCGUUCAGUUCUUGUAUAGAUAUUGGGCCGUUUUUCACACGACAAAACUAAAAUUGUUCAAAGGAUGGAAGUUUUUCAUCUGGAUGGUUUAUGCGCUGUUUUUUGGAAUCCUUUGGUGUCUAUCGGUACACUCUCUAGGAAAAAGAGAUGAUUAUUCUGAAAAUUAUAUGAGAUUGGGAAUGAAACAAAAAUACAACUUGAAUAUAUCGGAUAUUUCUGCAAUUAUCCUCGUUACGUAUAACGCUGAUGGCUCAAUAAGAUGGCGGAAUUUUCUAUUAUCUUUGAGUUUAACUUCAAUAAUGUUGGUCCAAUAUACUAUAAUCAUUUAUUGUGCCGUACAAAUGUAUCUAUCCAUGGAAGAGAAACUUCAAAUUCCGUCUCCAUCGCUUCGAAAUUUACAUAAUCAGUUUUUCAAGACCCUUGUUCUUCAAAUCGUCACCCCAACGAUUACUUUGUUUUCUCCAGUGGUUUCCAUAAUUCAUCUUCCUAUGCUGAAUCUUGAACUGGACCUUCCCACUGGAAUCUUUUUAUGUGCCUUCACAUUGUACCCAGCUAUGGAUGCCAUUAUAGUUAUGUACGUUGUACAGGACUAUCGAAGAGCAGUAAAAUACUCACUGAGAAAACUUGCGAGCCCACUGUACGAAUGGCUCGUCAGAAAUUACGGAAACCCAAUGGAAAGUCGUAGUCAAACUGCUAAUGUUCCAAAUGCACUGUAUUGA